CUUCUUAACAAUCUUUGACUGCAAAUUGGAUUCCCAAUCUCAGCACCGCACCGACACGUGCGCAGCACGCGCCCCUUAUUUAUACCCAAUUCCCUCCGUUCACACUUCUCGCACCUUCUCAUUUCUCUCAUAACUGAAACUCUUCUCAAAUUAAAAUCUCUCCCCCAAAAUCCAUGGCGGACGCUCAUCGGAAGACUUCGGCGUCGCGGCGGCAGCCGAGCAGGUUGCAGCGGAGAGCGCCGGCGUCGAUUCAGAUCAGUCCGGCGACGGAAUGGAACGUCGCGAUUCCGCUCCUGUCGCCGCUGGUUCAGUCGCCGACCGCCGCUAAUCCGACGCCUGAGAUGAAAUUGUGCUCCGGUGCUGGUAGUAGCAAGGAGGCGCCGGCGCCGGCGCCGGAGAAUCCUGCGGUGGUUGCGAAGAAGUGGCAGCACCCUGCGGCGCCGUUCUAUUACGAAGCGACGCCGUUUCGGCCGUUUGUGUGUACGGGAAGGGGAAGUUUGGAUAGAUAGAUAGGUUUUUAAUUUUGAUUUUUGUUAAAUGUUAAUAUUAUCUUCGUUACUGCUAUUUCAGAUUAAUUUAAAAUAAUUACAAAUUACAAAAAUUGCAUAUAUAUAUAUAUAUAUAUUAUGGAUUAUGUAUUGUCUAAUUUGAAUGCUUUUGAUUUCUUGGUAACAAAUUGGUGAUUAAUUUAGGUAUAGAAAGUGAACUUUGAUUACUGUCUUGUAGUGAUUGAGAAAUAUUAUCAUGCUUGAAACAUGUGUUUGUACAAGGUACUCCCUCGUUCCC